AUGACAUGACGUCACCACAGGUCCUGUAGGUAUCGGGGUCUGGGAUGUGGAAGGCAGGCAUGGCUCAGGACAUAGGGAAAGCGCUGAUCUCAGUGCGGGAGAAGGUGCAGCAUGCCGCAGCCAGGAGAGCCAAGAGCCUUCCUGCGGUCCAGCCCAGACUGGUGGCUGUCAGUAAGACCAAGCCGGCUGAGAUGGUGAUGGAGGCUUACAAUCAUGGCCAGCGUUAUUUUGGUGAGAACUAUGUUCAAGAACUGCUUGAAAAGGCCUCAAACGCUAAUAUUAUUUCUUCCUGCCCAGAGAUUAAAUGGCAUUUCAUUGGACAUCUCCAGAAACACAAUAUCAACAAGUUAGUUGCUGUUCCAAACCUUCACAUUUUGGAGACCAUAGACUCUGUGAAGCUUGCAGACAAAGUCAAUGCCUCCUGGCAGAAAAAGGGAUCGAUUGAGAAGUUGAAGGUGAUGGUUCAAGUCAACACCAGCAGUGAAGAAAGUAAACAUGGCCUUUCCAAAUCAGACACAGUUGACUUGGUAAAACAUAUCCGGGAGAAGUGCCCAGGAUUGGAGUUUGUGGGUCUGAUGACCAUAGGGAGCUUUGGCCAUGAUCUUGCACAAGGCCCCAAUCCUGACUUUCAGUUGCUGCUAAAACAGCGUGAAGAAGUAUGUGAGAAGCUGGGACUUCCAAUAGAUGCAGUGGAGCUGAGUAUGGGGAUGUCGUCAGACUUUGAACAUGCAAUUGAGGUGGGCUCCACCAAUGUCCGUGUUGGUAGCACCAUUUUUGGUGACCGGGUCUACUCCAAACCAGCAAAAGGAGAAGCGAGCGCCGCCAGCACAUAGGAGAGCAGCAUUAUGUAGAUGGCACCUACUGACAUCUAAUGUAACAAUGCACAGAGAUGCAUCUGCACUGAUCAGAGAAUGUGAUGAUUGUGUAGCAGUAAUGUGUUUUAUUAAAGGGGUAGUCCAGUGGUGAGAAGCUUAUCCCCCAUCCUAAGGAUAGGGGAUAAGUUUCAGAUCGCCGGGGGUGGGGCCCCUGGUUGCUGGCCAGAUAGCACGUGUUGACCACCGCACGAAGCGGCGUCUGACACUCCCCCUUAAUAUAACUAUGGCAGAGCCGGAGAUUGCCGAAUGCAGCGAUCCGGCUCUGCCAUAGAGUUGUAUUUAGGGGGCGUGUCAGCCGUCGCUUCGUGCGGUGGUCAAUACGCCCACUUCCCCCGGGCUGUUGGGGCCCCGUACAGGAGAUCCCGGGGGGCCCCAGUGGUCGGACCCCCCGCGAUCUGAUACUUAUGCCCUAUCCUUAGGAUAGGGGAUACGUUUUUCACCACUGGAUAUCUCCUUUAAUGUUUAUCAUCAAACCGGCAAUACGAAGAAAAUAUCACGGCAGAUCUCAUCAUUGGAUCCUAUUGGCCGAUCCGCUACCAAUAUCAAUGUCCCAUAUCAAUAAUGUGGGACCUGGUCUUCCAUUUGUUAACAAGUCAGACCUGUAAAAAAAAAAUUAUAAAAAUAAAUAAAUUGCUGCUGUGUCCAUAUAAGGCAGUGUUUCCCAACCAGUGGGCCUCCAGAUGUUGCAAAACUACAACUCCCAGCAUACCCGGACAGCCGUUGGCUGUCCGGGCAUUCUGGAAUUUGUAGUUUUGCAACAGCUGGAGGCACACUGGUUGGGAAACACUGAGAUGAGGUUAAAAGGAACCACAUUGUUGCAGUGUUAUUGUCUGUAACAUGCUUCUCCGCUGCCUUAGCAUAACCCAGGACCAUAUCAUGGAUGGCAGAUUGUGUGGAGUUGGAUUCUAUUGCGCCAACAAAUUUUUAUGUACAAUUAAUGCUUAAUAAUUUAGGCAUAGAUGUUGUCAACUGUGUUUGGUCAAAUAAUAUUGUGCACAAUAGUCUCUAUUUUGCUUAUUAAAAUAAAUGUCCCUUCAUGGA